AUGCAACAAAAUGGUUAUAUAAAUUUAUUUGGUGUGUUUAAAAAAUAUAAUUAUGAUUUCGACCUUGUUUUUAAUUUUGAUAAAAUUAAAACCCUUUUUUGUUGCGAAGAACAUUUUUAUUUAAAUGGUUUUGUGGACUUGUGUAUCAACGAUUUGAUACCCACCACAAAUGCAGAAGAGAAUCCAACAUUAGACGAUUUUAAAAACCAUUAUAAAGAAUUUUCAAAAUUAAUAGAAUUAUCAAUACCAAAGUUUUUAAGUUAUUUAAAAGAUAAUAUAUUUUUAAUUUCAGAUAAAAAGAAAACAUAUACUGUGAAUCAGUUUUUAAAUUAUGUUUUAGAAUUUAAAAAUAUAAAUAGAUUUAUCAGUGUUUUCGGUGAAUAUUUCAAUAUAGAAAUAUUAGAUUGUAUAUUCAAUAAGUUAUAUAUAGACUAUAAAGAAUCAUAUUUACCAUUGUUCAAGUCACUUUUAGAUAAUAAAUUAUUCAAAGCCAAAUUUAAUUUAAUAAAUAAUAACAAUAAUAACGCACAAAAUAGUUUAGAUAUUUAUAAAAUUUGUAAUAAUAUAUUUUUAAUAAUAGAAAAAGAUAAUGUUGAACUAUUCAAAUUAUUAUUUGAUGAUAGUCAAUGGUGUAUCAAUAAUAAUAAUAAUAUAAAUAACAAUAUUAAUAAUAAUAAUAAUAACAAUAAAAUUCAAUCAGAUAUAUUUUGGUUUUUUGUAUGUCUUAAAGAUUCAACUAAUAUAACAAGAUAUUUAUUAACUGAAUAUGCAAAAGAAAAAAAAGAAAAAGGUCAAGUUAAUCCCUUAGAAAUUGAUCCAUUAUACCUUUUAGAAAUUACCUCAAUGUUUUUCAAUUACAAAGUUGCCAAAGUAGUUUUAGAAAUAUAUCCACCCGAAAAAAUUGUACCAGAAAUAGAAAAUGAUGUUAAUUUAGAGGGCUUAGAAGUUUCAAUUAAUAAACCAACUAAAAGUAGAGUAUUAGAUGUUAAUAUGUUAUUUAAAUCAACAUCAGAAAAUCAAAUAGAAAAAUAUUUUCGCUUAUUAAAUGAUCAUAAAAUUACAAUAAAUCCAACAUUCUUUCAAAAAUACCAAACAUACAGCAAUCAAUCAAUAUUUAAAUCAUUAUUCUACCAAAAAGUUAACAAAUAUGGUGAAAAGGUAGAGGAAGGCAAAGGAAAAGGGCCAAUUAUUAAUUCAGAAUUUUUAAAUAAAGGAAUAAAGAGUCACACACAGAAUCUUAUAAAAGAAAAACUAUUAGAAAUUAACAAUAUUAAAAUACACUUUCGUUCAAUUGAAAGCAAAGAAAUUAAUGUUUGCUUUAUCUAUGAUCUUGAUGUAAUGGUGGUUUUGGUUAUUUCCUUUGGUUUAAACUUUUCCUGUGAUUGUCAAGAAUAUAAAAAACACCAAACCUGCAUCCAUCCCUUCAUUUUUCUAGAGUACUUUAAUAUUCCAUUCGACCAUCCAUUCUUUAUUUCGUCAAAGAAAUCAUUUAUGGACGUAUUUAUUUUUUUCCGUUUAUAUUGUGGUGGCUCUAGUGGCGAUUUAUUAAAUAAAAGUAUAUUUAACCAUCAGCUUUUUAAUAAGCAUUUAUAUGGCUCACCCUUCUUUUCAAGUUUUUAUCAAGACGAAUAUACUUUUGAAAAUAAAACAAUGGAGGAAUUUAUAUCUUGUGAACUUUUUUUAAACCUAAGUAGACUAGCCUAUUAUUAUGAAGAAAAUGAAGAGUUUCAAUCAGUUACAUACCAUGGUUCUUUUAAAGAUAUGUUUAUUCAUUCGAAAAUGGAAUUUGACACAUGGUAUUAUAUAUUCGAAAACUUAACAUUAUACAGAGAUUUAUCAAGAGACUUUUUAAAUCAUCAAGAAAUUGCUAGAGCUUUAAUGGAAGAUGAUCAACUAUCAAAAUUAAUGAUUCUAUUUCAUUUUUGGGGAAAAGAUCUUCCAGUUAUGUAUAAAAAUAAAAUACCACUUGCUCUCUUUACUUGUCCUUGUUUAAAAUCAAGCUAUAUAUAUAUCUUCAAAGUCCAAAAAAAAAAUUUUCUAGAUUUUUUCAAAUACAAAGUAAAAAAUACUCAAGAUUUAAAAGGAGCUUUUGACGACCCAAUAAUCGAUUUAUUUCUUCAAAAGUAUAAGAUACCACUUUUUCACAAGAGCUCAAUAUUGUCUAAAAUAGAUUUUUAUAGUAAAACCAUUUUCAAAAAUCAAAUCUCAAUAUACACAAUAUUUUUUUCAAUUUCUUCUUUUUCCACAAAAGACAUUUAUAACAUUUUAGUAGUUUUAAAUUCUUGUUGGGGAACAAACUAUCCAUUACCAUCAUCAACAAAUGAGGUUGGUGAAAAUAAAAAUAAAAAGGGGCAAUAUAGUUUAAUUAAUAAUUCAGAAAAUUUAAAAGAUGAAGAAACACGUAAAAAGAUUGAAAUGGAGUUAUUAGGUCAAGAAAAUAAAUCAAAAUCAAAAUCAAAAUCAAAAUCAAAAAAUAAUAAUAAUAACAAUAACAUUAGUAAUGUUCGAAAUAUUAUCGUUAUUGAAAAUAAUUCAAACGAUACCGAGGAAGAAAAAUUAAAGCAAGAUAUUCAAAAAAAGAAUGUAAUUAAACAAGAAACAUCAAUAGCUAUACAUUCAAAUAUUAACGAACAAAAAGAGACUAUUGUUUAUGAUACCCAAGUAGGAACAUUAAAAUUUAAUACCGAUGAAAAUAAUCUUUUGGGUAGAGGCAGUAAUGGUACACUAGUUUUUAAGGGCGUAUGGAGAGAUAAGAUACCAGUUGCAAUUAAACAGAUGAAUAAAAUGUUUAUUAAAAAUAUAAGUAAAGAAAUUGAAGCUUUAAUAAAGCUCACUGAUAGAGAUGGUAGUAAUGUUGUAAGAUAUAUACAUCAGGAAGAAGACAAGAGUAAUAUUUAUUUAGGAUUAACACUUUGCGGCAAAUCAGUACAGGAUUUAAUUAACCAAAAUGAAUUACAACAGUUUAUUGGUAUAGAUGAUGAUGAAAGACUUGUUGCAAGAGCUAUGGAUAUAGUCAGUGGUAUUCAGUUUUUGCAUUCAAAUGGUAUUGUUCACAAUGAUUUAAAUCCAAGAAAUAUUUUAACUAAAGAUGGUAAAUUUAUAAUAUCAGAUUUAGGGUUAAGUAAAAUAGAGGUAGAAUCAUCAUUUGAAUAUUCUAUGCAUGCACCAACGGGUCAAGAGGGUUUCCAUCCAUUAGAAGUUUUAAUGGAAAAGAGGAAAACUAAAUCAGUUGAUAUAUUUUCAUUGGGGUGCAUCCUUUACUAUAUUGCAACCAAUGGUCAACAUCCAUUUGGUGAAAAGCUAUUCAGAGUAGUCAAUAUUGUAUCCAAUAAAUAUAAUUUAAAUCAUCUUCAAGUCACACAACCAGUUUUAUGUAAUUUAAUAAAGCAAAUGUUAUCAAAAGAUGAAACAUCAAGACCAACCAUCGACCAAGUUUCACAGCAUCUCUUCUUUUGGAACACAAUUGGCAAGAUUCAAUUUAUCGAUAAACUAAAUAAUUUAUUUAAAGAUAAUAAUAAAUUUAAUAGCAAUUUAAAUAAACUAUUAAAUAAUACCGAUAUCGAAGGUGGCGGCUUUAAACCAUAUUUAACAAGACCAUGGAACCAACUCAUCGACAAAGUUUUACUUGACAAUAUUUCUAGUAAACAACAAGGUUCAAAUUCAAAGAGAUCAAUUUUUUACCAAUAUGACCAAAUUAAAGAUUUAGUUAGAUGCAUUAGAAAUACCAUUCAACACCAUAAGGAAAUCCAAAAAUUAAUUCAAUCCAAUGAUAAUAACAAAGUUAAUAAUGAAACUAUUAUUAAGUCAUUGGAAACUCAAGAGGAUGUACUAAAAUAUUUCGAAUUAAAAUUCCCAGAUUUAUUAUUUUUCCUUUAUAAUAAAUUUAAAUAUAGCAGCGAAUUUAGAAAUUUAAUUGUUUUAAAUUAG